AUGUUCGACAGAGAGGUCCUGGAGGCCACGCGCGCGCUCUGCACCGCAGGCGGUUCGCUCGCGUCUGGAGAGCUGCAACAGAAGCUGCAGCAGAGAUUUGACAUCAGCGAAGAAGAGUUCAUUUUCAUCGUAAACGGCUGCUCGAGGUUCCUGCUGGUCCGCGGUCCGUCAGCGGUCGGCGGGGAGUUCGUAGGGGACUGCACGGUGGUCGCGCGCACCUCUUUGCGGCUGUGCAGCGCGUACAGCCGCGGCAAGUGCGCGGAGGACGGGGCCUGUCAGCAUCUUCACCUGUGCAGGUUCUUCAUCUAUGGAAACUGCAGGUUCGGCAAGGGCAGGUGAGCCGCGUGAUUUCUUUGGUCUAACGUGAACUGCUGACCUCUGUUGUACUCUCCACUGGGCUUCCAUACAAAAUGAAAAGUAGAGAGAGUAUUUUUUUACACAGGUAAGACUGUUGGAUUACUUCAGGGGACUACUGUGUUCCUCCGCGGCGGAAAGACAAAGCCUCCAGCUCAGAAACGAAACUUAAGAAGCUGAGGAAACUGAGACAAUCAUAGGACAAUCAGUGAUCAAUGAUCAGUAAUCACUACGUUAUUCUAUCAGUUUAAAACUUGAUGACUUCAGUAAACACACCUGUUUUUGUUUUCUGAAGUCGCAGCAGGGUCUAAAACUGCGCAGCCUCUGGGUCUGCAGACUGCCCCAUGAACAGCUGAUCGUUGUUUUCAUUUUACACAGAAACGAAACUGAGAAACGGAGCCACUCCCUACUACUCCUAAAUGAAACUAUAACUCCAAUAUUAUUAAUAUCAUCAGUUAUCAUAACUCAAGAAAAUGGCAUGAUAGUUAAAUAUACUUCUGUUACAUUUGUCUUUUACUUUGCUAUGGUUAGAUUUGUACUUUUUCACUGAACUGUGUGCUUCUAACCUUCACAGACUCCAUGAAUUGAUGCCCAUCUCCUAAAUAUUUGGUCAUAUGAUCAAUUUCUUUUACCAUUUCCAAGAAACAUGGGGAUGGCUCAACUUACCCCACCUACCCCUACCCGGAAAUGGGCACUCAUUGUGAUGGAGAUUCUAGGAGCUCUGUCAUCCCGAGUCCAACGCUGUACAGCUUUUCAUGUGACCUUAAUAAAUGUUAUAUCUAAGAUCUAAAGAACUGGUUCUUACUCGACUCAUUGAGAAUUUGCACCUCUCCAGCUUUCAUCUACCCUGCAGCUGCAGUUUCAGACAUAUGGAUCACUGACAGCGUUUCAAUUAAAGGAUAUUUCAGUUUAUGUAUCAAACAUUUUUAUGUUUAACCUGUGAAGUUUGAUCGUGCCGCUGGUUGAUUUUUGUGUUUGAUGAUCGUGUGAUCUGUCUACAUGAAGUUUUUUUGUUGUCAUUGUCAGGAAGCCGUGCAAAUUUUGUCACGACUUUCGAUCCGAGCACAACUAUCGAUUACUGCGAGAGUGCACGCUGCACGAACUGGACGACGAGCAGCUGAUCCUACUGCUGCUCCAGAACGACAACACACUGCUGCCUGAGGUGACGCACACAGAAACACACACACACGCAGAUCAGAUAGUUACACACGCCACUGAGUUUCUUGAGGCAGUUUCAGAUUCUGUCCAGCAGAGGGCGAUAAAUUCUCUCUGACUGCCUCAGGUUUUUUCUCUGAACUUCUCUCUUUCCUGAGUUUUUCUCUUCCACUUUCAACCUUUUGGGUUUCUUUUCUCUAACUAAGACUAACAAGCCAAUCAGAGCUGCGUGUGUCUUAAGUGGUAGGGAACAACCAGGAUCCUGCUCAGUGAUUGGAUGAUUCAGUCAGAUAGACCUCAGGCAUGAACUUGUAAUAUAAAAAAAAGAAGAGGAAGAAACAGAAGAAAAGAAGAUGCUGGAUCAGACUCUCACUGUGAAAGGAAAAAAAAUAAAAUAAAAAAAAAAUAAAAAAAGGUGUCCAGAGGAAAAAGGGAGGUGUCUGUGAAGGUAAAGGUUAUUCUCCUUUUGGUCUUUUCUUCUUCAGGUGUUUUUCCUCUCUCAGGUGUAACAGGUGUAACUGUCUCCUCCCCCCUCAGGUGUGCUCCCACUAUAACAAAGGCUCGCCUCCUUUCGGGGAUUGUACCUUCAAGGAGAGCUGCACCAAAGUGCACCUGUGUCUCCACUUCGUUCAGGGCACCUGUGCGUUCGGGCUCAAGUGUAAACGUCAGCACGCCUUCAGCCAACAUGGCAGCCGCAUGCUGGAGGAGCGAGGGCUGAGCAGGGACGUGAUCCAGGAGCUGCCCUUCAUCUACAGGAACAUCUUCCUCCUGACCAGUGCCUGCACAGGUGAGUCUGACACACCUGGAACACUGUCUGUGGUCACCUUCAUCAUCUUCGUCUUUAUCAUCAUCAUCGUCACUCUUUCUCUCUAUGUCUGUCAGAGAAAAUUCCAGAGGAUUUUGAGCAAUCAGAUGAGAUCUGUCUGCACUUCAUCAGGAACAGCUGCAGAUUCAACAGUAAGUUCAUCAUCAUCAUCAUCACACACUGUUCUACCUCAGAACCUUUACAUGUUCAUCAGUUGUUAUGGUGCGUUCGAGUUACUCGGAAGUCAGAUGUUGGAGCUGAGUAAUAGCCGAAUUAGCAGCAUUUCAGUUACCAAGUCAGAAAAAGAAAAAUAGAGGACCUGAAACAAGAUGGCUACAUCUACAAAAGUUAUUUUAGCGCUUGCCUCAUUCGGACAAGGCAAGCACUAAAAUGACUAUCGUAGAUGUAGCCACCUUGAUUCUGCCUCCGAUUUUGCUUUUUUCUGACUUGGUAACUGAAACGCUGGUAACUCGUGUGUGACAUUUUUGAUUAUAAACUCUGACUUAGUGUCACUGUGAGCUCUUUAUGGGACAGUUGCUUUAGCCUCAAUAACACUGUGACUGUCGUUUUUGAUGGUUGAGAGACUGUGUUUUUAUUUUUUGGACUGUAUUAUUUGACAGUGACUGUAGUUUUGUUGUUUUCAUGACUUCAGUUUUUGUGACUGUAGUUUUUGUUGGUAUUGUGACUGGAUGUUUUUUGGUGUUGAGACUUUAGUUUAGAGGUUUUUUAACUUUAUUUUAUGUUUUUUUAUGAUUGUAGUUUUUGUUAUUUUGUAAAUGUAUUUUUGUUGUUUUUAUGGCUCUAGUUUUGUUAUUUUAUGACUCUAAUUUUGUUUGUUUUUGUGACUGUAUUUUUGUUAAUUUCUGACUGUAGUUUUGUUGGUUUGUGACUGUAAUUUUGUUUGUUUUUGUGACUGUAUUUUUGUUUAUUUUGACUGUAGUUUUGUUGUUUUAUGACUCUAAUUUUGUUUGUUUUUUUGACUGUAUUUUAGUUUAAUUUUGACUGUAGUUUUGUUGUUUUAUGACUCUAAUUUUGUUUGCUUUUUUGACUGUAUUUUUGUUUAUUUUUCACUGUAGUUUUGUUGUUUUGUGACUGUAAUUUUGUUUGUUUUUGUGACUGUAUUUUUGUUGUUUUGUGACUGUAGAUUUUGUUGUUUUGUGACUGUAUUUUUGUUGCCGUGGCAACAGUAGUUUGUUUGUGAUAAGACAUUUUUAUAUAUGUCUUGUGACUGUUGAUUUUGUUGGGAAUGUGCCUUGUUUUUGUCGUUGUUAUUGUUGUUGUUGUUUUGUGGCUCUAGUCUGUUGGCGUAGUGACAGUAUAAUUUGUUAAUGUAGUUUUUGAAGUUUUUUUCUUUUUUUACUGAAGUUUUUGUUUUACAUCUGUUGCAUGUUUUGUUUAGUUUGUAGUUUUGUGUUAUUUAGGUUGUAGUUUGUCAGUGAUUUGACUCUUUUCGUUGUUCUUUUGACUGUAAUAUCAGUUGAUGUGGUGACCGUAGUUUUCUCUCUCCGUGCAGAUGAAUGUCGCCGUGUUCAUUUCCACCUGCCGUAUAAGUGGGAGUUGUUUGACGGUGUCUCCUGGACAGAUCUGCCGGACAUGGAGGACAUAGAGAGAGAUUACUGUGACCCAUUCAACACUCAUAGGUCAGAGGUCACCCCUUUGUUUAGGUCUGAAGAUUAAUGAGGAAGAAACAUAAACUUUUUUUGUUCUAUCUUAGCCUCAGCCAUAAGCCUAUCAACUUCCUGUCCAUGAGACGGGGGUCAAGACAGGUUCGCCGUCUCUCCACGGUUUCCUCGGUUACAAGGCCACCUCACUAUGUCCUGACCACUGACUGGCUGUGGUACUAUAAGGGGGAACAGGGGAACUGGAUCGAGUACGGACAGAUGGUGAGUCUGACUGUCUCGGGAUGAAGGUUUUAGGGUCAAAGUUCUGGGGCAGCUCUGUGAAAACUAUCAGAAGGGGUCUGAGGACUAGUUGUUGAGGUUAGGUAAAUAUCUAUGUAAUUCAUAGGACCAGUUUUAGAGGUCUGGGGACAAUAUGGAGAGGCCAGGGGGCUAGUUUGGAGGGUCAUGAGACUAGUUGUGGAGGUCCAGGGACUAGUCAUGAUGGUCUUUGGACUAUUUUUAGAGGGAAGGGGACCAGCUUGGAGGUCUUGGAAGUUGACACUAGUUUUGGAGGGGAUUGGCUUUCAAGGUCAGGGAACUAUUUGUAGAAAUUGAAGGACAAGUUAUAGAGGUCAUAAAGGUCAUAGAUUUCUUUGGACCAGUUUUGGAGGUCCUGAACCUGGUUUUAGAGGGAAGGGUACUAGAUAAGUGGGUCUGGGAGUUUUCGAGACUCUCUGAAGGGGUUGGAGGCAGGAUGGAGACAUCAGCUUCCACCUGAAGGGUUUGAUAUUUGACUUUUAACAUGUUUGGAUCCUGAAUCUGUCAGUCCAGGUUCUCACCCCUCUUUAUGUCCUCAGGAUGAAAAGCAGCGCACCAUGUCAGUCACAUCUCAGAGUCUGGAGAACUUGUUUCUGUCUGACAGGACCGCGGAGGUCCAAGUGAUGAAAGGCCACAGAGAGUACAUCCUCAGCUUCAAAGGUACGACCCCCUGUCACUUCCUGUCGAGGAGCACUGCUUUUACAAACACAGAUUAAAGGGAUAUUCUGGCGUAAAAUUAAGUUAGGGUCAAACACACUGUAACACCGAGUUGGACACCCCCUUGAGGGAUCAAUGUUGCCGACCACUUGCUUCUCUAGUUAUACCAGCUUUAGUAACGACUGCAGAUAGCAAUACACUUCUGAGGAGCCACACACGAACCUCAACCAAAACGCCACUCUAUAGCCACAAAUAAUGCUCAGAACAGCACCUAACUUCAUCAACAGUACAUAGGCUACAUAUAGGGAAUAUCCCUUUAAUCUCAGUCAGGUAAAUCCAAAGACUACAUAAUGACUCAGACUUCUUCUUCUCCUCAGACAUGUACCAGAGAAAUCCCAAACACAACACCAAGAGGAGGGUUCGCCGUCGCCCUCGCUUUGUCUCUGUGGUUGAGGUGCAGCAGUCAUACGCUAAGGAUGGGUCCCCAAUGAGGACGAGUCCGGUACAAGUCUGUUACUGA